AUGGAGAUCAGUAACGAACCGAGCAAUCACACAUACGAGAAGUACUCCAUUGUUCAGCCCUCCAUGGAGAAAUUUACAGAAGAUGACAGUACUUCGCAACCCAAAGUGGCAGCCAGCCGUUCGACGACUUUGGUAAGCAAUGGAUGCGUGGAUUUUCGAGGAAGAACUGCCGACAAGCAAACAACUGGAGGAUGGAAGGCCUCUCCGUUUAUCAUAGUGAAUGAGGUGGCGGAGAGGUUGGCGUUUUUUGCAAUUGCGGUGAACAUGGUGGCUUACUUGGUGUUUGAGAUGCGCCAAUCGCUUCCUUCUGCUGCAACUCACGUCACCGAUUGGAUUGGUGCUGCUUAUGUUCUAACUCUACUGGGAGCAUUUUUAGCCGAUGCUUAUCUGGGCCGCUUCAAAACCAUCAUCAUCUUCUCUUGCGUCUAUGCUGUGGGAAUGGUGUUGUUGACACUCUCGGCCUCCAUAGACAGCCUACGUCCACCUCCAUGCACAGAAAAGCCAUGUAUCAAGGCGACGGACGGCCAAACAGCAUUCCUCUACGGUGCGCUUGCCCUUAUAGCUCUCGGAACUGGCGGUAUCAAGCCCUGCGUCUCAUCCUUUGGUGCAGACCAGUUCGAUGAGGCUGAUGAAGAGGAAGUCCAAAAGAAAUACGGGUUCUUCAACUGGUUCUUCUUAGCCAUAAACAUGGGUGCACUUUUAGGUAUCACACUGAUGGUGUAUAUACAAGAGAAGAAAGGUUGGGCUUGGGGAUUUGGAGUUCCGACAGCGUCUAUGGUCUGCUCCAUCAUUAUACUAGGUGCCGGUAUUCGAAGAUAUCGCUACCAAAAGCCGAUGGGAAGCCCUUUUAGCAGGUUCCUUCAGGUCAUUGUGGCUUCUAUGAGGAACCAUUUCAGAGGAGUUGAGGUGGGACGUAAAGAUCAGCUUUAUGAGGUCAAGACCGAGGAGUCUGAUAUCUUGGGAGCCCGGAAACUACCUCAUACUGCACAGUACAGGUUUUUGGACAAAGCAGCACUAGUCACAGACCCAGAAGCCAACGCGAAAAACCGCUGGAGGCUCUGCACAGUAACCCAAGUUGAAGAGUUCAAAUCCUUCAUCAGAAUCCUCCCCGUCUGGGCAUCCACUAUAGCCCUCUCCAUCUCAUACUCCCAACUCUCAACUUUCUUCGUCAGCAAAGCCCGAGUCAUGGACCGCAGCCUCGGCCCCAACUUCGACAUUCCAGCGGGCUCCAUUCCCGUUUUCAGCGCCAUCAACGCCCUCAUUCUCGUCCCCAUCUACGAAAAAUUAGUCGUCCCCUUCCUCCGCAAAAGAAACGGUCAGCCCCGAGGAAUGACAUCGCUGCAACGAAUGGGUAUCGGACUCUUUAUUUCCAUCUUUGCCAUGGCUUCAGCCGCAUUGGUAGAGAAGAAACGCCGCGACGAUUCCAAUCCGUCAUCAAUGAGCGUCUUUUGGUUGUUUCCACAGUUCUUUCUGAUUGGCAGCGCCGAAGUGUUUACCUACGUAGGACAGUUGGAGUUCUUCUACGAUGAAGCUACGGAUGGGACGCGAAGCAUUAGCAGUGCAAUGUUUCUCAGUGAGAUCGGGAUUGGAAGCUGGUUAAGCACUGCCCUGGUGAAGAUCAUUGAGAGAGCAACUGGCGGGGAAGAGAAAGGGUGGCUGAGGAACGAUUUGAAUAAGAGCCGGCUCGAUUAUUUCUAUUGGAUAUUGACGGGGAUUAACUUGGUUAAUUUGUCGGUGUAUUUGUGGGUGGCUUGGAGUUAUAAAGGAAGGGGUGCAGAUCUUGGAAGUGUGAGAGAUGAGCUCGUGGUUGAGCUGGGCGGGGAAAUGAAGAGAGAGGAUGAUGAUGAUCGUGAAGGAGAUCAAUUCAAAAGUGUGAUGCUUUAG